AAUAACAUUAAACAUAAACUUUUAUAACUAUAGUAUGUUUAAUUAUUAGCUACAAUAUUAAGCAUUAUUUUUUCAAGUACCUUAAGUAAAAGUUUACUACCAAAAAUGUCUCGUUUAAUCGUAAAAAAUUUACCAAAAACAAUAACCGAUGAGAAAUUAAGAGAAAUUUUCAGUGAAAAAGGAGUUAUUACUGACGUCCAACUUAAAUAUACAAAAACAGGAAAGUUUCGUCAUUUUGCUUUUGUUGGUUUUCAAAAUGAAGAAGAAGCUAACGCAGCUUUAGAUUAUUUUGACAAUACAUUUGUCCAUUCUUUACGUAUAAAAGUAGAAAAAUGUACUGAAUUAGGAGAUGAUAAUAAGCCUAGAUCAUGGAGUAAAUAUGCAUCUGAUAGUACAGCCUAUAAAAAAGAACAUGGUACUCUUAAAUCCGAAGAAGUAAUCCAAACAGAAUCUAAAACUAAUAAAAAAAAAAAACUCAAAUCUGAAGUAGAAGAAAAAUUAAAACAGCACUUAAAUGAUCCUAUGUUUACUGAAUUCUUGGAAGCUCAUGGACAAGAAAAAAUUCUUAAAGAUAUAAAUAAUGAAAAUAAAACUGAAGAGUCAUCCACUCAAAAAGAAAUAGAUGAAGAACCGACAAACAAAAUUGCAAAUGCUAAUAUAUCAGAUUUUGAAUAUUUGAAAAUAAAAAGUGGUAAGAAAUCUGAAGCCAAUGUUUUGGAAAAUCCUAAAACUAAAACAGAAUAUCAUACUAUUGUAAUUCGUGGUUUACCAUAUAAAACAAAAAAGGCCAUGUUAAAAGAAUUUUUCAAACCACUGAAACUAGAUUCUAUACGUUUACCACCUAAAAUUAAAGGUGUAGCUUAUAUUGGUUUCAAAAAUAAAUGUGACGCGGAACAAUGUCUCAUUAAAAAUAAGAGUUUCUUAAAUGGAAAACGAAUACUAUUAUACCCAAUGAAAAAUGAAGGUGAUGAAGAAGAAGAAAAUAAUAACCUUAAUAAAAGAAAUCCUGAUUGGCAGAAACAAGCUGAUAGUUUGAUACAUGAAGAGAGCAUUGCAGAAUCUGGUCGUAUAUUUAUUCGAAAUUUACCUUUCAUUACUACAGAGGAAGAAUUACAAACAGUGUUUGAAAAAUAUGGUCCUGUUACUGAAGUAAUAAUUCCCAUUGAUAAAAUAUCUCGACAAGUCAAAGGUUAUGGCUUAAUUACAUAUCUUAUACCUGAACAUGCUGUUAAAGCAUAUACUGAAUUGGAUGGUACAAUAUUUCAUGGACGAAUGAUGCAUUUAUUACCUGGAAAAGCAAAAAUUAAUUUAGAAGAUGAAACAACUAAUGAAGGCAGUUCUUUCAAAAAGAAAAAAAUGGCAAAAUUAAAAUCGGAAGCAGGAUUAUCUCACAAUUGGAAUAGUUUAUUUUUAGGGCAAAAUGCAGUUGCUGACAUUAUUGCUAAAACUUAUAAUACUACUAAAGAAAAUGUACUUACUGGUGAUAAUGCUGCCGUUAGAUUAGCUCUUGGUGAAUCACAAAUUGUAUCAGAUACAAAAAUUUACCUAGAAAAUCAUGGUGUUAAACUAGAUAUAUUUAAUCAAACUGUGAUAAAUCGAAGCAAAAAUGUUAUAUUGGUUAAAAAUUUACCUGCUGGUACAACUGAGCUUGAGUUAAAAGACAUUUUUUCCAAAUAUGGCUUAGUAAACAGAGUAGUAUUACCACCAAGUGGUGUCACUGGAUUAAUAGAAUUUGUACAAAACUCAGAAGCAAAAACAGCGUUUCGUCAACUUGCUUAUUCUAAAUUUAAACAUCUCCCACUUUACUUAGAGUGGGCACCAGAUAAAGUUUUCACUGAUGUUCCUCAAAAAGUUAAUGAAGAAACCUUGUCAAAUUCUACCAAUAAAGACAUUGAAGAUGAUAUUGAUGAGCCUGAACCUGAUACCACAUUAUUUAUUAAAAACAUCAAUUUUAAUACCACAGAAGAACACAUCACAAAACACUUUGAAUCUUGUGGAAAAAUUGCAAAUGUUACUAUUGCUCGAAAAAAAGACCCUAAUCAUCCAGGACAACUUUUGUCCAUGGGCUAUGGUUUUAUUCAAUUUUAUAGACAGAAAUCACUUAAUGAAGCAUUGAAAACAAAACAAAUGUCAAUGUUGGAUGAUCAUUCAAUUGAACUCAAACGUUCAAAUAGAACAUUACAAAGUACAACAGUUAUAGAUCGAAAACAAAGUAAAUCAUAUGAAGAAAGCACCAAAAUCCUUGUACGAAAUAUACCAUUCCAAGCCAGUAUUCAAGAAGUUAUUGAAUUGUUUAAAACUUUUGGAGAAUUAAAAGGAUUAAGAAUGCCUAAGAAAAUGGUAGGAACUGGCACUCAUAGAGGAUUUGCAUUUGUUGAAUAUAAUUCUAAAACCGAAGCAAGAGCAGCUAUGGAAUCUAUGUGCCAAAGUACUCACUUGUAUGGAAGACGAUUGGUGCUUGAAUGGGCACAAGCUGGUGAAAAUCUUGAUGAAAUGCGUAAAAGAACUGCAAACCAAUAUCAGUUACCCGGAGGAACAAAAAAACACUGCAAAGGCGUUGCUGAUAUACAAAUUGAUGAAAUUGAAAAUAAAGAAUAAAAACCACAAAAAAAAAAUUGUGUAUUAAUCUUAUUUGAGUAAAUGACUGAUGACUUAUAUUCUAACAUAUA